UGGUGUGGAGCGCCGGGUCCCCGAGCCGGUGUCCUGAGGGAUGGACGAGACGAGCCCACUAGUGUCCCCCGAGCGGGCCCAACCCCCGGAGUACACCUUCCCGUCGGGCUCGGGAGCUCACUUUCCGCAGGUGCCGGGGGGCGCGGUCCGCGUGGCGGCGGCGGCGGCGGCCACCGGCUCAGGCCCCUCUCCGCCGGGCUCUCCGGGCCACGACCGGGAGCGGCAGCCUCUGCUGGACCGGGCCCGGGGCGCGACGGCCCAGGGCCAGACCCACACCGUGGCGGCGCAGGCCCAAGCCCUGGCCGCGCAGGCGGCGGCGGCGGCGCACGCCGCUCAGGCCCACCGCGAGCGCAACGAGUUCCCGGAGGACCCCGAGUUCGAGACCGUGGUGCGGAAGGCCGAGCUGGCCAUCGGGCGCGGCAUCUUCCCGGAGCGCAUCUACCAGGGCUCCAGCGGAAGCUACUUCGUCAAGGACCUUCAGGGGAAGAUCAUUGCUGUUUUCAAACCCAAGAACGAAGAGCCUUAUGGGCACCUUAACCCCAAGUGGACCAAGUGGCUGCAGAAGCUGUGUUGUCCGUGCUGCUUUGGCCGCGACUGUCUCGUCCUCAACCAGGGCUAUCUUUCAGAGGCAGGCGCCAGCCUGGUGGACCAAAAACUAGAACUCAACAUUGUACCCCGUACAAAGGUAGUAUACCUGGCCAGUGAAACCUUCAACUAUAGUGCCAUUGACCGAGUGAAGUCCAGGGGCAAGCGGCUGGCACUAGAGAAAGUGCCAAAAGUUGGACAGCGGUUUAACCGCAUUGGGUUACCACCAAAGGUUGGUUCAUUCCAGCUCUUUGUGGAAGGGCACAAAGAUGCAGACUAUUGGUUGCGGCGCUUUGAAGCAGAACCUCUCCCUGAGAACACUAACCGGCAACUACUGCUGCAGUUUGAGCGGUUGGUGGUUCUGGACUACAUCAUCCGAAACACUGAUCGAGGCAAUGACAACUGGCUGAUCAAAUAUGACUGUCCAAUGGAUAGUUCUAGCUCUCGGGACACAGACUGGGUAGUGGUGAAGGAGCCUGUUAUCAAGGUGGCUGCCAUAGACAAUGGGCUGGCUUUCCCACUGAAGCAUCCGGACUCCUGGAGAGCAUAUCCUUUCUACUGGGCAUGGUUGCCUCAGGCAAAAGUCCCAUUCUCUCAGGAGAUCAAAGAUCUGAUUCUUCCAAAGAUUUCAGACCCUAACUUUGUCAAGGACUUGGAGGAGGACCUAUAUGAACUCUUCAAGAAAGAUCCAGGUUUUGACAGGGGCCAAUUCCAUAAGCAGAUUGCUGUCAUGCGGGGCCAGAUCCUAAAUCUGACCCAGGCCUUGAAAGAUAACAAGAGUCCUCUGCACCUCGUCCAGAUGCCACCUGUGAUUGUCGAGACGGCCCGUUCCCAUCAGCGGUCUUCUAGCGAGUCCUACACACAGAGCUUUCAGAGUCGGAAGCCCUUCUUUUCGUGGUGGUAGCCCUAGAGGCAGACAGAAGCAAUCCAGUGGGAGAUGUCUAGCAGGAGGCCUGGGGACCUGGAUGCAGGGAAGUCUGCAAAGCUGGACAGCAGCAUCUUUCAGAGCCUUCCCUCUGCUUGCCAUCUCCCUCAGGGCUUUCCCACCCACAAGGAGAAGCACAGUCAGGGUCAAGAGUGCUUCUGGGCCCCUGAGAGUGUUGAGGCUGGGAGUCAGGGGUGCAGAAGAUCAACUCCCUUCCAGCAUCUUCUGGUGGCAGGUUAGAAAAGCCCCAUCUCCCCGACAGUCCUGCUCUGUUGCCAUUCCCUAUUUUAUUCUGCAUCAGAAAGAAAGGAAAAGAAAACAACAACAAAUCCCCCAAUAACAACCAACACAGACUUCCAUGCUUGUAGUAGAGCUCAGGUCCUCUCUUGGCGGAAUCCUUUAAUCCAGACCGAAAUUUAACUUGGGCCCAGACCUCCCCAUGCCUGGCUUCCUCCCAUGAACCAAGGCUGUGUCAGGGGGCCAUUGGUGGCUCUCAGUGGUGGGAGAGACAGAAGCCAUACCUUUCCUUUUGGGUUUUGCCAAAUCUUUCCUUCUCUCUUGCCACCAGUGCAGCGCUGGCUUCCUGUUGCAGCGAGCCGGCGUCUGCUCUGCACGUGGUCUACAGAGCCUCUGCUCCCCACCCUGCUGUAGCUUGCAUGGCACUUGGCAGAGGCAGGAGAGGCCAGACUUAGCUGUUCUCUUCUCACAGGAAGUGAGUGGUCAGCAUGUAAAAGUGAUCCUUACGGCUUAAGUGCAUGCUGGAAACUGGGAAUUGGUCUGUGGGGCACCCGGUCCCAGCCUUGUUUGUGGGUCCUUAGGUCCAGUCCUCCUCUAAUUGGUUUCUGUUGUUUUAAGUAAUUUUCCACCCAACUCUUUUAGGAGUUCAGUUUAGGUUCUAGAGUGGGUCUCUGUAAGGAUUCUGGGGUGAGUUAACUUAUGAGUCCAGGAUAUUCGGUCUUGGAUGUUGUGUUCUGCUGCUGCUUCUGGAAGCAACAGGUCUUGAGUUCUGCCUCCUAACAGGCAGUGUUCCCUACUGUCUUGUCUUGGUCUGGUUUCUCCGUGGCUUCUCGAGGAAGGCAGGACCCAAAGGAGAUAACUUCAAACUGUCCCACGGUGCCUGCCCAGCUCGUUGUGUAUCUUCUUGCUUCUAUGUGUCUUCUGCCCUAGUUGGGCCCCUUGGUAGGAGUUUGAGCCCUUUUUACACCAAAGCAAAGAUUUGUCCUCAGGAGGAAGUAAAAAGGGUGCCACCUGUGGUUGAGGGGCAGCUGCAUUCCUGUGCUACGGACUCUGGAGGUUUCUCCCACCCUGCGAUUGGUCAAUCAGCCUUUGAAAGAAAUUGUCUUGAAGGUUUGAAAAAGCCAAAGAAGGGGAGUGAGGACCAUGGCUGGCUGUCUCCUGCCAGCUCCCACUGACCAGGAGGUAGAGCAGCCCUCCCUCCAGCUGGGCCAGGCUGUUCCCCGUCCAUUCUUGCCCCAGGAGCAGCUUGUUAGGGGCUUCCAUCCAGCUGACAAGAGGUCUCUGAGCGCUGGAUAUGCAUGCCCUAUGGACAAAGGCUCCCCUGCCUGCCUCACCCUGACAAUCCCAUCCAGCCCACCCAACUCUGGCUUGCAGAACCAUGUUUGGGAGAAUACCUGCCCCUGACCUCCGGACCCAGCAGGGGCUCAUGUGUGUGUAGCUCUUCCCAGACACACUCACACCAACCCAGUGGCCGAGGAGAGCCGGUGUCUGAAGAGGAGACUGGGGUGUCGGCAGCCUCACGGGCACUGUCCUGCUCCAGAUUAGUUCUGCAGCCAGGAGGAAGAUGGAUCCCAUGUAAGAGUCAGGCCAAGCCUGGUGGGCACAAGUGCAGGCAUCCUUCCUUGGCCUGUUUCCUCUCUCCCUUGACGCCUGCACUCAGAUUGCCUUGAAUGUGGACUUCAGGAGAGCCAGGGACCCAGAGUGCCAGCACAGGCUUCUAGGUGGCACUUCCAGCACAGCUGCUCUCUUCUAGCCUUAGGCCCGUCCCUCCCUCAUGUCUGGGAGUGGAGGCCGGGCUUUGAGAGUGCUGCUGCCCCUGUUCUUACAAUGCACUGUAGAAACUGUAUGUAAUGUAUUUAAAUCAAUGCAAAUGUAUGAAUAACAAAUCCAAUUCUGA